GGGCAGGACAGGAGUCAGCCUCACAGGGCUUCCUGAGAAAUGGGGUCUGGACUCCUGGACAGCUGCCCUCAGACCAGGAGUCUGAGCCCUCUGCCCUCCUCCUCCCUCAGACCCAGGGGUCCAGGCCCCCAGCCCCUCCUCCCUCAGACCCAGGGGUCCAGGCCCUCAGCCCCCUCCUCCCUCAGACCCAGGAGUCUGAGCCCCUAGGCCUUCCUGCCUCAGACCUGGAAGUCCUUACCACCAGAAACCCCCUUCUCUCGAAUCCAGGUAUCCAGACCCCUAGCUCCCCUUUCUCUCAGACUCAGGAUCUGGACACAAAGACACACUGCCCCAGGGGAACUGAGCCCCUUCCCCACUCUGAAAAGUUGAGUCAGGUUCAGGGAAGAACCAGGGUUCAUGUCUCCAACCCAGUCCCCAAAUUGACCUCCUACCCCACCACUGCGAGGGACCAAACCAGGAGCUUGAGGACCUCCACUUGGAUCUGUUUCCCUGUUUGCAGAUGGGAAUGGAAUCCAGGGGUUCUUCUAUCCGUGGAGUGAGCAGUAGAGGGAAUCCUGGGUCCCCAGGGACAGGGAGUCCAGACUAGACUCUUGGGUCUAAAGGGAGAAAGGGCUGGGGUCUGGACCCCUGGGUCUGAGGGAGGAGGGGCUGGAGGUCUGGACCCCUGGGUCUGAGGGAGGAGGGGCUGGGGGUCUGGACCCCUGGGUCUGAGGGAGGAGGGGCUGGAGGUCUGGACCCCUGGGUCUGAGGGAGGAGAAGCUGGGGGGCUGGACUCCUGGGUACUACACAGAGUACACUAGUCAGGCAGCCCCAGAGCCUGGUCUUGGGGUCAGGCUCUGUAAGGAAGGUGCCCCUCGUGGUUGGUCCCCAGGCUGUGAGGGAGAUGUGUGGGACCGGGAGAGCUGUGGGGGCCAGGCAGCAAUUGAGAACCCCAAUCUCUGUCUGCGUCUACGAUGCUGCUACCGCGAUGGGGUCUGCUACCACCAGCGGCCGGACGGUGCGUGCCUGGGAGCCAGGGCCGCUGGGCUGGGGCGUGGUGGCUGGGACCCCUGGGCCUCACCCCUCCCUGCUCUGUGCAGAAACCAUGCGGAGGAAGCACAUGUGGGCUCUGGGCUGGACGUGUGGAGGCCUCCUCUUCCUGAUCUCCACCGUCUGCUUGUUCUGGUGGGCCAAGCGACGGGACAUGCUGCGGCUUCCAAGGUUCCUGAAGGACAGGUGCAACCUGUCCAGGACGGUCUCUCUGUUAUCCAAGGACCGGGGGACUCUGAGUGAAAGGAAGACGGCGUCCAUCGGCAGCAUUCCUGCUUCCCUGCCUGCGGAGGGGGCACUGGACGUCUCAGGGGGCGAAGGGGAGGGGACAGGAGAAGGCGAAGACACAGAAGGUGGGGAGGAUGAAGAUUAGGUGCACCCUCGGGGGACCUCUCAAUACAGAUAAAGCACACAGAUGUGUGGUCUCUUUUCUGAGAAGCAUGAAGCAGGGGGCAGCUGAGACCCGGAGGCAGGGAGUGUGUGUAUGUGUGUUUUAGGGGGACCUGUGCUGAUGGGGGUGCUCGGUUGAUCAUGGAGGCUGUGAGCUGAAGGGCAUCUGGAAUAACAGGUCCAGGGCUCAGUGGGGAGGAGCCAAGCUGAGGGGCACUUGGGGUGAUAAGGGGGUCUCUGAGCUGAUUGUGGGGGCCUGGGUUGAGUGUAGGUCCUGGGCUGUGGAUAUGGGGAUCUGGGCUGGGGGAUGGGGUGAGUGGCGGUGGCCUGGGAUGAUGGGCCAGCUUGGUUGAGGGGUGUCUGAACUGGGCUGGGGGUCAUGUUCAGCUGUGCCCCUCAGCUCUCCUUCUACCACUGCCUGACAGCCUCUGCUGCCUGCCCUUGGGACCCUAUCGCCCUCUGCCAUCAUUGGCCUUACUUCCCACCAAUGCCUGACAGUGGUGGCUCUCAGAUUCCCCUGUGACUGGGCAGAAAUUUUCUUGGAAGUUCAUUACAGUUCAACACCCAUCCUGCUCACACCCCUUACCAUCCCUCUGUCGUUUCUCAGGUGACAGACCCUCCCUAACCUAUCCUCCAUAAGUACUGCCCCCAAUAAAUAAAUAAAGUGAAUUUUGC